AUGGCGGUAGGUCCUACGAGUCAGCCGCGCAGUAGCUGCUUCACGCUUCGCCUCUUAGGCAAACAGAAAUCGACCAGGAGCAAGAGGCAGUCCACCGUGCAUCCCGUGGGGGAUCUCGCCGCUCACCCAGCGCCCGCCGCGGAACAGCCACGUGGCGAUGGUAGGAAUGGCGCCGCGAGAGCUGGACGUGGACAGGUCGCAGGAGUAGGGAUUCAUACCGCCACAGCUGCGCCAGCAGUCGCUGUUGCACAUAGUCAUAGUCCCGAAACCGACAACGACCGGCGAGUGCAAUACGCGCAGGAUUUAGCAGCGGCGCCGAUAGAGCGAUCACUAGAGCGCGCCGAGCGAAGUCUUGUGGCAGCAGCCGUAGCUGGCGCUGCAUCCACAUCGCCAUGCGAAUCAUCGGCAGGAAUACCGGGGCCGCAGGUAGCGGCUGAAAUUCGGCUAAAGCUGCAUCGUGUGGAAGAGGAGCCGUCCAGCUCAGAUGCGCCUGAUGCUGUCCCCCAAUGCUCCUCCGCUGGACAUUCCAAGUAUCUUGUCGCGCGCUCCUCGAGCAGCGACGAUGCGCGAUCCAUGCAAUCCUCGCGACGGCCGUCGCUCACCGGCGGGCGAAGCUACGAAAAGGCGCGACGGGAGGGGCAGGAGCUGUACCGGCGGAAGGAGUACGCGGCGGCGGCGGAGAGUUACGGGGAGGCGAUGCUGGCGCUGCUGCGCGAGGCGGGGCGCGACGACGCGACGAAGCGGUCGCUGCAGGCCAUGCUCCUCGCCAACCGCGCCAUGUGCUUCCGCUACCUGGGCAGGAACGAGGAGGCGAUACGCGACUGCCACGCGGCACUGGCGUCCGACUUUUGCGCGGGCCAGACGCUGCUGCACAUCGAGGAGGUGCUCGAGGAAUGCGGUGAUCUUCGUGGCGCGCUCGCGUGCCACGUGGCGUCCGUGCAGCGCGCGCUGGACGAGCGGCCGAGCGGCGAGAUUCCCAUGGAGGAGGCGACGGAGGUGGAGCGCGUGCGACGGCAGCUGAUUGGCGAGCGAGAGCUGGCGAUUCAAUGGAAGAAAGUUCCCGCCAAGGGCAAACCGCCGCUCGGCGCGCAGAUGUCGGCGGUGGAGUGGCGCGGGCAGGUGAUUCUGUUCGGCGGCACGGACCGCAGCCAUAACCUGCUGCCCAACGAUCUCCACAUCUUCGAUACGUACAAGUCCGAGUGGCUCCUCGUCCACAUCCCCGGCCUGCGCCCCGCCGCGCGCGCCGGCCAUCGCGCCGUGGUUCACGGCGACUGCAUGUACGUCUGCGGCGGCGGCCACUCCACGGAUUUCGACAUGUGGCGGCUCGACCUGGUGACCAUGGACUGGGAGCCCGUGCCGGCCGCGCCGGGGCUGCCAGCCGGGUCGACCGAGGACGAAUCGGAGCAGCGCUCCGACGAGCAUCCAGCGAGCUUGGCGGGUCGGGAGUUGACGCCGCGGGGCCAGGCGCCGCCGGGAUUGGUGCAGCACAGCGUGUGCGUCGUUGACGGCCGGCUACUCGUGUGGGGCGGCUUCGUUGUCGGCCGGCCGCCGCUCGAGCGGCACGCUAACCGGCAGCACCUGUACGAGUUCGACUUCGAGACGGGCGAAUGGCGGCGCGACACGUGGCAGGGGGAUUACCUCCCGAAGGCGUAUCAGGACCGCGGCGUGGGCACGUGUGCCGGCGUGGCGAGUUGCAGAGAGGGCGGCAGGAGCGAGUCCGUUGAGAUUAUGUCGUUCUUCGGAAGCCGCAAGACUCUCGUGCCGCGAUCUGGACUCAUCAUGGACGAGUCGAUCGCGACCGUCGAUCGCCUCCUGCUGGGCGAGCGCCGAUGGCAGCCCGUGCCGCUGCUCGGACCGCGCGUGCCCGCCGCGCGGUCGGAGGCGGCGUUCCUGUCGCUGCCGGAUUACGCUGCGACGCUGUGUGUUGGCGGGUACUAUGAAGGCGCGAUUCACCGCGACGGGUGUCGGUACUACGGCGACGCGUGGCUGUGGCACCACGACCUGGGCAUCUGGUCGCCGCUCGCCGCCAAGGGCGACGAAUUCCGCGCCGGCGCGCACUUCUGGCUCGUGCAGCGCACCGACGGCGCCGUCUUCGCGGGCGGCGGCUUCUGCGGCACGCCCAUCACGACCAUGUUCGGAACUGUCUACGAGGCCACCAUCGUUGCGCCCAAAGUGCGCCGUCCGCCGCCCCCGCGCGCCCCCGUGCGCUCCCUUCCCCUCGCCCACCCCAUCGCACCCGGCUCCCCCCUCCUAGCUCUCCCCGCGCCCCCUUCCGCCGCGCCCAUACUUGCGCUCCCUUGGGGCUCCUCCCCGUCGCCUGGGCGCGGAACUUCCCUCUCCUCCUCCCCCUCCCCCCCGCCGCACUCCUCCCCUCGCCCCCUCUCCGCCUGCUCCUCAUCCUCCUCCCUGCGCACGCCCGCCACGCCGCUCAUGCCCAUCGUGCGCUCCGCUUCCGCCGCCGCGUUCCGCCAAGGCGCGAGGGCGGGCGCACACGGGGAAGGGGAGAAGCUGGGCGCGGCGGGGGGGAUGGUCGUGAUGAGCCGCUGCAACACGCUACCCGCGCAGUACUCUCCGCCGGGCGGGGGGAUGGCUGGGGGAGAGAGCGGCGCAGGCGCGGGCGGAGGAUUCAGCGCGUGGGACGAGCGGCAGCUGGCGCUGGGAUCCGCUGACGUCAGCACAGAGCAUCACGACGCGAACGUGCGGUUCAAGGCGAAAGAAGAGGCGCCGUUCGAGCCGCCGCUGGGACCAAUCAACAUCAAGAUUCUAAAGCUCGAGUUUGAACGACGGCGUGAGAACCGGCUGAAGACGAAAGCGGAGAUGGCGGCGGCUGGCGCAAUGGCGGCAAUGCGGCGCGUGAGGGCGCAGCAGGGGGACCAGAUGGGCGCAGGGGUGGCGCAAUCCCUGCUGCUGCACGUGCGAAUGAGACAAAUCGACCCGCCCAUCUGGAGGCGCGUGGAGGUGUCGGGGCACAUGACGCUGCGCCAGUUCCACAAGCACGUGCUGCGCCUCGCCAUGGGCUGGGCCAGGGACCAUCACGCCUACAAGUUCCGACCCUCCUCAGGCCCUUGCCCCGGCGUCUGGUUCGGCCCGACCCUGUCUGCCGCGCCUGACUUCGCCCUGGCGCGCAUGCUGGGGCAGGGCUUGGCGGACGACAACUGUGUGCUGCUGGGGGAGAUGCUCGUCAAGGAGGGAGACCGCAUGGCAUAUGUGUACGACCUCACAGACCGCUGGGAGCACGAGAUUGUGCUGCUGCACGCCACGCCUGGCCCGCCACACCGCCCUCUGAGAGCGGAGGUGGUGGAUGGGUGGGGGGCAUGUCCCCCAGAGGACGUGGGGGGCAUGGGGGGGUACCUGCGGCUGCUGGAGAGAGUGAGAAGCAGCCAUGGCAGCAAGCGCGAUGCUGCUUGCACUCGGGUGCUCAGGGCUGCUAAUAAGAGCCACCUUGACUCGUUUGACCCCACCAACUUCCCUCUGAACGCCUGUAGAGCAGCUUUGGAGAAGCACCUGGCAGCAGCGGCUCUCACCCCGCCCGUCGUCAAAGUCGCGAUGACGACGGCAGCGCGGCCAACAUGGGCGCCGGCCAAGGGAGGCGAGGAGCAGGGCGGGUCGCGCAUGUUCGGUCCCAGCCAGAAGUACUCCGCUAGAGACGUCGCCAGCCACACUAGCCUCAAACCCAGGAAGGAGGGGCAGGUGACGAAGGAGGAGGUGAAGCGGCGGGAUCUGCGGGGGGAGCUGGAGGAGCGCGAGAGGCGGCACUUCGCCGCUAAGGACAAGGAGCAACAGCUGCGCACCGACGACCGCAAACGAACCGCCGGGUUGCUGUUACCAGGCAGCGGGGCGUUGGGAGGGCGGAAAGAGGUGGAGGAGCGGUUGAUACCCCGAGCAGCAGACGCGGAUGACUCGGAUGGGGAGGACAGAAAGGGCGGGGGUGGUGAUGACGAGGAUGAGGACGAUGAUGACGAGGACGAUGACGAGGAUGACACCAUGGAGCUGCUUGCUGAGCUGGAGCGAAUUAAGAAGGAGCGAGCCGAGGAGAAGCUGCGCAAGGAGAAGGAGCAGGCGGAGCAGGAGGCGAAGGCGCGGGAAAGAGAGAUGGCGCGCGGCAACCCCAUCAUGGCUGCGGGGGGCUCUGCCUUUGCUGUCAAGCGCAGGUGGGACGACGAUGUGGUGUUCCGCAACCAGGCCAAGGACGAGCAGAAGCCCACCAAGCGAUUCAUCAAUGACACCAUCCGCAGCGACUUCCACCGCCGCUUCCUCAACAAAUACAUGAAGUAG